CUGCCGUCUCUUCGUUUCUGAUUACGCUCGUCUCAGCGUUGCUACGUUCGACAAGACAGAUUCGUUGGAUCUUUCCCUCAUAUACAACGUGCCCUUGAAUUCCAUGGAGAUCGAUACCAUGGAUAAAAUUUCUCCCCCGGAUCAUGACAAUCCCGCUCCCAAGCCAUCCCGUCGUCCACUUACCCCGGAAGAGUACGAGACAAUUGGCUUUCUCUCUGCCUUCGCCGCUCGCAUCGCCCUCUUUGUGUAUCUGGGCGUCCAAUGCGCAUACAGCUGGCGCGCAUACAUCAUCUACAAGAUGCUCGGAUGGAUCCUGCCUUCGCGGCUAAGGAGCGUGCUCAUGACGAUGUGGUUUUUCUUUCAGAUCAUGGCGAUGCCGGGGACUGCACGCAUGACUAAAAUUGUUCUCGAGGCGAGGUUUGAUGUACUACCAUGGAGCACGGCGUUGUGGGAGGUCUUCUGGUUUUUCGUGGGUAUCGCGCCGUGGAGCAUCGCGGUGUGGAUCGUGUACAGCUUUGUGCCCGAUCUGGGACUCUUUGGGAUGCAGAAAAUGGUCAUGGAGAGCGUGUAUGGCGCGAGUACUUACCUCGUGCCAACCGCGAUACUGUUCUUUGUGCUAACCAAGCAGGCGCCCGAGUGGUGGAAUAGCAUGCUUGAACGGGGCGGUGUGUUGCUGAAGAGCCUUCUUGAACGGUGCAUUGGGUUACUGCUGACGACCAUGGAGUGGGCCGUCCGGAGUCCGAUUUUUGGCGUAGCAGCAUACCAGUACGAUGCAGUCCAGGAGGGGACCUUCAGACUUCUACGCGUCAAAAGGCCGUGGGAUAUGACUCCCUUUGAGUGCGAGUUGGUCGCGUUUGAUCUUGAAGCCAAGAUACCGGAAUAUACUGCUGUAAGCUAUGCUUGGGGCCCGGAUCCAGCGAGGCCAAAGGCUCUUGGCGUGAAUGGCAGGCGAUUGCAAGUCACAGAGAGCGCCUACCAGGUCGUGCAUGGCCUUACACCGGAGAAAGGCGAGCGCUAUAUAUGGGUGGACUUCAUCUGUAUCAACCAGGAAGAUGUGAUCGAGCGCGCUAACCAGGUCAAGCGUAUGAGACUGAUCUAUGCGAAAGCCAGUCAGGUGACUAUCAUGCUGAAUACUGUCACCCCAGUAGACUACGACGACAGUGAUCGUGUUACACACCACCUCAAGAAGCUGAAUGCCAACCUUGAGCACUCCACCUGGAAACUCGACGAACAAGUCGCAUAUUUUCAAAAGGUAGGAACCUAUCGAGUAUCUGCGGGAUGGGAAGCUCUCACACGCCUAUUCCAACGUGAAUACUGGACUCGCGCAUGGAUCGUCCAAGAGAUAGCUUUGGCACAAAAGAUCAUCGUCGUCUACGGAGACAACGAACUACCCUGGAAGGAAAUAGCCAGCUUCGCGCGGGCUUUCCACAACCCAGACAAUAACAGUGCACUAGACGUCAUGGGCACCAUGUUCGGUGGCGGCUCAGUACCAAUAUCCUACGUCAUGAAAAUCCUACAAAUCGACAAUAUGCGAGAGGCAUACAGAGCAAACGGCGUCGAUAUUCUCGACCUCCUUUUCCAUGGUUGGCAAUUCAACGCCACUGACCCGCGGGAUAAUAUAUUUGCUUUCCAAGGGCUAACUCGUGAGGAGAUUCCCCCGGGGAUACUGCCAAACUACCAACAAAGCGUUUUGGAUCUCUUCCUGAAUGUGACAUAUUUCCUAAUGGCUCGUAACGAUCGCCCGCUUUGGUUUCUCAAGCUGGCUGGGCGAGGCUUCGGCGACCGCUCGAUACACUCGCGCUUCUGCAGCUUAGAAGACGAAGAAUUGCCCUCGUGGGUGCCGAACUGGAGCGAGCUUGCGAUCAGAGCGCAAUUUUUCCCAAUCGCUCUUCCCCAGUUCGGCCCUAAACUCCUCGACAUCGACCCCACGGGGAAAGUCCUAUUGCUAGAAGCAAUAUCAUACGACACCAUCGUGCACACCACCGUACACCCGAUGAUGAAAGACGUACCCGCGAUGAUCGCGCUCGAGCUCAAGGGUGACAUGAUCAGGCGUUUGGUGGAUAUCGGGAAAGACUUCAAAGCGCUGCACGAAGCAUUUGCGCAAUUCGUCCCCGAGCCGUAUCCCACGGGGAUCCCCAGAGAGGAGGUGCUCUGGCGCGUGCUCCUUGGCGAGACUUCUUCCGACCCAGACUUGGUGGCGUAUAAUACCCGUUGCUGGGCCCUCCUUGGGAAGCAAGCCGAGUUUCUAGACGUACUCAUACCCCAUGCGCCUGAUCAUCUUAUCGCACCGACAGAAAUGUCCCAGACGCUGGAGGAGGUCAAGAAUAGAUUGGCAGAGUACAUGAUGUCGAGCGCGGACGAUGAGGCCGUCCGGUUUCACGCGCGGGAGUACGCGAAAUUCCUAGGCGAAGACAUGUUCAAAGCGAGCACGAGCUUCAUGGCGGCUAUGGGGCGGCAUUCUGCGGGGAGGAAGAUCGCAUUUACGAGGCGAGGUCAUGUGGUGCUUGUCCCGCCGUUAGCGAGGGAGGGAGAUGAGGUCGCGUACUUGGUGCACGGGGAGACGUCGUUUGUUCUGAGAGCUAUGGGAAGCGAGGGAAGCAGGAAGUUGUACGAGCUAGUUGGGGACAGUUAUGUGCAUGGCGUUGGAUGGGAUGACUUCGAGGCUGGGAGAGAGGAACUUAGGCCUAUCGCCAUUGCUUAAUGGAGUGUGGUUCGAGAGUGGCGUGAUGAUUUCGGUACGCUGUGGUGCCCGGGAAAGCAAUGCGCAGACGGACUGUACUCACGCCUUGACGUGGUCCUAGAA